AUGAUUGACGUGUGCCAUUUGGGGACGAACUACCGAGCCCGAGCCUUAAUCGACUCGGGAUCCGAGGCGACGUUCAUUUCAGAACGCCUGUUCAACCUCAUCAAGUUGCCAUUCCGCAACACCCAGACCCAAGUCUCCGGGUUAAAUCAUUCGGUCUCCGCGAAAUCCUCGAAGCUGUGUCACUUCGGGAUUCGCGCUCCUACUAAGCCAGGUCUACAAAUUCUGUUCCGAAACAAGGAAGGAGAUAUCCGAGACUUUGAACUAAAAACAGUUACCUUCGGGGUCAACUGCGCCCCCUUCCUCGCCAUUCGAGUCUUGCAACAGCUGGCAGAGGAUAUCCAAGUGCCAUUUCCAAAUGCCAGCCGCAUCAUCCAGCAGCACAUGUACGUCGACGACGUUCUGGCAGGGGCGAAUUCCGUAAACGAAGCCCAAAGUUCAAUUCGAGAGAUGCAAGCAGCCCCAAGUGCCUCCGGGUUUCCGCUAAGAAAGUGGACCUCGAACAACAAAAGCGUCCUUAAAGACGUCCCGGCCGAACACCUUCUUCAUAGCGAGUUCCUCGACAUCGAUGCCGAAAGCACGGCCAAGACGCUCGGUAUUCGGUGGAGGGCAAAGUCCGACGAAUUCUAUUUCGUUCCCCCCGACAUAGUUGUGGAACCCUUCUAUACAAAGCGAGAAGUUUUGUCCCAAAUCGCUAGGUUGUUCGAUCCUGCCGGGUGGCUCGCGCCGUUCAUAAUCCGUUCAAAAAUGUUCAUGCAGGAGAUUUGGUUGCAAAACUUAGGCUGGGACGAUAAGCUUCCCACUGAAAUGAGUCAGCGGUGGCAAUCGUUUUUAGAUGAGUAUUCCGACCUCAACCAGAUCCGGGUUCCGAGAUGGAUCUGGUACCAGCCUGAGGAAAUCAUAGUGUUGGAGCACCACGGUUUCUGUGACGCGUCUCAGAGAGCCUAUGGAGCGGCUAUAUACAUCCGCGUCGAGAUGGGGCAAAAGAUCCUGACUCGCCUGCUUACAGCCAAAACACGAGUGGCCCCGGUAAAAACCGUCUCCCUUCCUCGGCUAGAGCUCUGUGGUGCCGUGCUCUUAACCGAAAUGGUGACAGCAAUCCUUCCGCAGAUGCCCUCCGCCAGUUCAGAUAUCCGCUGCUGGACAGAUUCCACAAUCGUCUUAGCCUGGCUACGAAAGCCUGCGUGCAACUGGACCACAUUUGUGGCCAACAGAGUUGCCAAGAUCACGCAGGCGACGCCAGUCGACUGUUGGGCACACGUUCGCUCAGAACAAAACUCCGCCGAUCUAGCCAGUCGAGGCGUAUCCCUACAUGAAUUGGCAGAAAACCAUCUCUGGUGGCACGGACCAGAGUGGCUGCAAGGGCCACGAGAGCUAUGGCCAGCACAAAGCGACACUCUUCCAGUGACAGAGCUAGAGCAGCGCGCGGUCAAAGUGCAUUUUGUCAAGGGCCCGUCCAUCGACUUUCUCGAACGUUUCUCCAAAUUGGACAAGGCCCUGCGAGUUCUGGUCUAUGUUCAACGCUUCCUUAAACGCUGCCGCAAAGGUUCGUUCUUGCCCAGUUCACGACCUACAAGUGAAGAGAUCCGAGAGGCAGAACGAACUCUGACCUCCAUUGCGCAGCGCAGAGCAUAUGGCCAAGAGCUUCAGCAUCUGACCGAGAAAAGGCCUCUUCCAGUGUCAAGUCCUUUGGUGAAUUUGUUCCCGUUCAUUGACCAACACGGCCUUUUAAGGGCGUGCGGCCGUCUCACUGCAUCCAAAACCCUGCAAUAUGAUGAACGUCAUCCGAUUCUUCUCCCCUAUGACUGUAGACUGUCGCGCCUCAUCGUCCAAUUUACUCACCAGAUUACUCUUCAUGGCGGUAGUCAAUUGAUCGUACGCCUGAUCCGAACAAAGUAUUGGAUUCCUAAAAUCAAGAAUGUGGUGAAGGCUGUGGUCAAUCCGUGUAAGAUUUGCACGAUUUACAAGAAGAGACUCCAAACACAGCUGAUGGGCGACUUCCCGACAGAUAGAGUCUCCUUCUCGAGGGCAUUCACCUACACGGGUAUCGACUAUGCCGGCCCUUUCGAAAUAAAAAAUUAUACAGGGAGAGCGUGUCUCAUAACGAAGGGAUAUGUUUGUGUGUUUGUGUGCUUUUCCACGAAGGCUAUCCAUUUGGAACCCACUUCCGAUCUAACAACCGAGAAAUUUCUAGCGGCCUUUGCUCGUUUCGUAGCGAGGCGCGGUUGUCCUCAGCGGGUCCAUUCGGAUAAUGGUAAAACCUUUGUGGGGGCGGCAACUUUGAUUUCCAGGGACUUUCUCCAAGCUAUCAAAGAGUCCGUGACUGAUGCAUAUAGCCAUCAGGGACUCGUAUGGCGGUUCAUCCCACCAGGGGCUCCACAUAUGGGGGGUUUGUGGGAAGCAGGGGUGAAAAGCUUCCAAACCCUGUUCCUUAAAUCGACGUCAGUCCGCAAAUAUACAUUUGAGGAGCUGGCGACGCUUCUCGCUAAGAUUGAGGCUUGCCUCAACUCUAGACCCCUCUCCCCUAUGUCCGAAGAUCCCUCGGAUUUGCUGGCCCUCACACCAGGCCAUUUCCUUAUUGGAGGGCCGUUGCUUUCCACGGCGGAACCCGAAAUAAAGGGCGAAGCCAAGAACCUACAAGCCGACGAUAUGGUAGUUGUCAAGGAGGACAAUCUACCACCGAACGAAUGGCGGCUCGGCAGAAUUGUUUCUGCCUUUCCAGGAGCCGACGAUCGCAUUCGAGUCGUUGAGAUCCGUACGUCUCGCGGCACCAUAAAACGCCCUGUCCACAAAGUAAUUCUGCUACCGAUGGAGGACAAAGAGUCCUCCGUUCCUAGGGAUUAG